CCGGUAAGGCAAAUCCCAAACCUUGUCAUGAUUUUCUGAAAAGUAUUCGUAAUUUUGAUUGAAAUUUUCGGUAUGAAUUCUGGGGUUUUCCCAGAAGAGGUUAUUCUUCAAAUACUUGCAAGAUUGCCUGUGAAAUCAGUCUUCAGAAGCAAAUGUGUGUGCACACUUUGGUAUAAAUUGUGUUCUGAUAAGUAUUUUGUUCGACUGUACAAUCAAGUGUGGGUUAAGAAGCCAGUGGUUUUGAUUGAGGUAACUGACUCUUUGGAAUGCAAAUCUAGUUUGAUAUGUGUUGAUAAUUUGAGGGGUGUUUCUGAACUCUCUUUGGAUUUCUUGAAAGAUAGAGUCAAGGUUAGAGCCUCGUGUAAUGGUUUGUUGUGUUGCUCUAGCAUACCUGAUAAGGGUGUUUACUAUGUAAUUAAUCCUGAGACCAGAGAGUAUAGGUUGCUUCCUAAGAGUAGGGAAAGGCCUGUGACUAGAUUUUAUCCAGAUGGAGAAGCCACUCUAAUUGGUUUGGCUUGUGAUUUAUCGGGUCAGAAGUAUAAUGUAGUGCUAGCGGGUAAUCACCGAUGUUUCGGUCAGAGGCCGGAGAAGAUGUUUAUAUGUUUGGUAUUUGAUUCUGAGUCGAACAAAUGGAGAAAAUUUGUGUCCUUGCAGGAUGAGCAAUUUACACAUAUGAAUAAGAACCAAGUUGUGUUUCUGAAUGGUUCACUUCAUUGGUUGACAGCGAGUUGUUCUUGUGUGCUUGCACUUGACUUGGAUGGUGAGGUUUGGAAGAAGAUCAAGCUGCCAGAUGAAGUGGGUUAUGGGUCGGGAAAUAGGGUUUAUUUGUUGGAUUAUGAUGGGUGUCUGUCAGUGAUUCAGAUUUCGGAUGCUUCGAUGAAUAUUUGGGUGUUGAAAGAUUAUGAGAUGGGGGAAUGGAACUUGGUGGACAGGGUCAGUCUUCAGUGUAUUAGAGGACUGGUGCCUGGUGUUUUCCCAAUAAGUCAGACCGGUGAAUAUGUUUUCUUUGCAACCUAUAAGCAGGUAUUGGUGUAUCGUCGGAAUGGUGGGGUGUGGAAAGAGAUGUACUCUGUCAAGGGCUCCUUUCCACUGCCAUUGUGGUUCUCAGCACAUGCCUUUCGGAGAUCAUUAUUCUCUUGUCACUAAAGUUUGCAAUACACUUACUGAACUCAUGUACAUAAUUUUCUUAUUGGUAGCACUGCUAUGCGAAGAAUAAUUGGUAUCUAUUGAAGUUUUCAUAAAUUUACUUGUGUGGUA